AACACUGAACUUGAUGGACCAAUGGUCCGACCCAGGAUAAAGCAGCUUCCUAUGUUCCAGUGUCUCAGCUUCAGAUAAAAACCAAAGUUCGUGUGCUCAGUAGGACCUGCUUCCAGGGGCGAAGGAUUGCAGGCUUUGGACUCAGGCCCCCAGCUUCAGGAGGACUAUUGAACAUAUCUGGAGAAGGAGGAGGGAAAGACUGCGAAUCACGGCCAGCGCACGCGUCUCCCUCCGGCUGCCUGCCUCGCUGUUGCAACAGCUGCGGCGGCGGGUUUGCUAGCUCUGUGGUGACGGCUCACUGAGACGCCGCACGGACGCUCCUUCGCUACGUCCAGACUGUCCCUCGUAGGGAUCCGUAGAGUAGCUGCCAGAGGGAAGAAAGGGUUGCGCUCAGGCGCGCCAGCCCUCGGCGCAUGCGUCCCGCUCACCCGGAACUUGUGGAGCGGCUGAAGUGGCCGGGGAAAAGGCGGAGAGGGAAGCGCGGCGUAGCCCUCGGCGGCUUGGAUAUAUAUUCCAUCAUGGCGGGUGAAAGGCGGAAUGGAAAUCUGCUGGUGCACCUUGGACCCAAACUGCAGGCAUAUCCUGAGGAGCUAAUCCGGCAACGUCGUGGCCAUGAUGGGCACACUGAAUACCUGAUUCGGUGGAGCAUCCUUAGCUUGGAUGACAGCUUGGGGAACAGCACCAAUGCUGCUUCUACUGAGAGCAAAACGGAGAAUAUUUUAAUGUGGAUGUCAGCAGAGGAGGUUUAUGCUAACUGCCCCACACUGCUAGGGAAGAGGAAACCUGAGGGGCAGCGGGUGAAGGAGGAAAAAGCACCUAGCACAUUCCCAUCUGAUGUCACACUGGAUGAGGCUUCACUGCUUGAGAUGAAAGCUGAUGUCAGGAAUCUGGUGCAGCGGGCGGCUCGACAAAUGGCCAGGACUACAGGCCCAGAGUCCUCCAUCCUGAACACUAUCCAUGUGCUCAGUGCCUAUGCCAGCAUUGGCUCAUUGACAGGUGUCUUCAAGGAGACGGGUGCUCUGGAUCUGCUGAUGAAGAUGCUAUGUAAUGAGGAGAAGCAAAUUCGUCGCAGUGCUGGCAAGAUGCUAAGGGCUCUGGCUUCCCAUGAUGCAGGAAGCCGAGCUUAUGUUCUCUUGUCCCUGAGCCAGCAGGAUGGCAUUGAACAGCAUAUGGACUUUGACAGUCGCUAUACUCUCUUGGAGCUGUUUGCAGAGACCACAUCCUCUGAAGAGCAUUGUAUGUCCUUUGAAGGCAUCCAUCUUCCUCAGAUUCCAGGGAAGCUGCUGUUUUCUCUGGUGAAGCGCUACUUGUGUGUUACCUCCCUCAUGGACAAGCUUAACAGCACCACAGAACUGGGAGGGGAACGCCAAGACACUGCAACCCCCAGUGCAAACUUUGGGGAAAAGAGUCGGGUGCAACGGGAGUUUGACUUCAGCAUGGCCAUGGCGAACCUUAUUUCGGAGCUGGUGCGGGUCAUGGGCUGGGACCGCAGCCAAGAAAGGGAGCUGCUUUCCCUUAGGGAGGCGCAGCCGCGAGUCAUUCGGUCCAUCUUCCAACCAAAGGGUUCCACUUGUACUGCUGUUCAGGUGCCUCUGGUGACUCCAAAGCCUUCGCCACGGAAAAAGCAAGGGCAGGCAUUCUUGUCUUUGCCGGAUUUCUCCAGUCGCAGCAGCUAUGUAGAGUAUGUGCAGGAAAAUCUGAAACCAGGGAUGACUGUGUGCAUGCUGGAAGACUACGAGGAGAUCAGCGUUGGAGAUGAGGGUGAAUUUCGCCAAAGCAAUAGCGGGAUGCCUCCUGUACAGGUUUUGUGGCAGUCUACAGGCCGCACCUACUGGGUGCACUGGCACAUGAUAGAGAUUACUGGCUCUGGGGAGCAGCCUGAAGAGGAGGCUGCCCAAGAAAAGGUCUCCAGUCUAACAGAGAACCUGAAAUUACCCACAGUUACUCAGACCUUCUACUGCAAACCCCUUGGGGGACUGUACUCCCUGCCCUACCUGACGGAUCGGAUGAAUGAGCACUCUGGGACCCUGAGCCGGGCUGAAUGGUGGGAGCUUCUCUUCUUCAUUAAGAAGCUGGAACAGCAUGAACAGCAGGAGGUUGUUCAGUUCAUCCAGCAAAAUCAUGAAGAGGUGGGCUCAGAGCUAGACGAAGAGGGCCUGAUCCAGCUGUCAAUGUCAGUAGAGUUGGCUCAGAAAGUGCUGCAGCUCCUGAGCAAGCGCUGCCAGGGCUCCACCUGUAGCGACCUGCAAAGUUCUCAUAUAUAUCUCAAGUAUUCAUUCAGCAAAGGAGGGACAGAGCACAAUGGCCAAAAUGUGGGCGUAAUGCCUGUAGAUUGUGUUGGCCUUUCAGAAGCCAGCGCAUCCAAAAAGCCAAAGGAGUUGCUUUCUGCCGAAGUGUCUUCUCCAGCUCCAUCCACUGCAGAGAAAACAGACACACAGCUGAUUAAUGAGCUCCUCAAAGUGGAAGGCCUUUCCUUUCCAGACACACUGGAUGACAAAGCCAAAGCUUUCUGCAGUGUGAAGGUGACAGGGAAGAGGAGCUCUUUGGAGAAGCUGGCAGAUGUUGUAGACAUAAUCCAGAAAUCUAGCUCUGAAGUUGCACUGCAGAUGGCUGGACUCAGAUUCAUCACCAAGAUCUUGGAGGAUGAACCUGGUCAAGAGAGAGAAAUCAUCAAAGUAGAAGGUGGACCUUCAAUCAGAGAGAAAAUGGUGAAGAUGCUGGUGGAGUUGCUGAGCAACCAAGUGAAGGAGAAGCUGCUGGUGGUGAUGGCGUUGCGCCUGCUUUACGUAGUCAUGGCAAAAUACGAUUGGCGAGUUCUCUUUGCCACAGAAGGUGGGGUGCGUGCCGUUUUGGGCUGUAUGCAGGAGUAUCCCACAUCAGCAUUGGUCCAGCAGGCUGGCUUAGCAGCCCUGAAAGUACUGGUGGGUGCUGGGAAUUGUGAGCUGCUGGGCACCAGUGGGAAGUCAUACCCUCUGAACCACUCAAAUGCCCAGUUGAUGCGGGAAAUCUUUGCCAGCAUUGGUUCUGCUUCCGGCAAGGAUUCGGAUAACUUGCUCUGUGUCAUCCGCACUGCUAUUGAGAAGAUGUUGGGCACAACUGGGGCUUCAUCAGCAGUGCAAAAUGGGCUGUUGGUGUUGAAAAUGCUGGUCAACAAUCACAAAGGUCUGGCAGAGCAGCUGGGAAGCUGUGACCUCCACUCAGUCCUGCAGAGCUGCUGCCAAGCCGGCCAGAGCUCCAACGAGAUGCUGGCUCGGAUAGUGCUCAACCAUCUGGCUGAACACAAGUUGCCAGGGAGCCAGGAGAAUGCAGAGUCUGAGACCUCCUUUGAGCUCAAGGAUAUGGACGUACCGACCCUGCUGAAAAACCUCCAGGAGACCAACUUCUCAAAGGAGGUGGUGCUAGCACUGGAGCGCUGCCUUUGUGAUGAGGGUGUCUGCCCUGAGGGAAAUGGCACUGAGCUUUUGCCAGACCGUGAGCACUUCUUACUGUUGAUGAAAACCUUAGAACAGCUGGGAGCUGAGAAGUGUGUGCAGAUGGGCAUGCUGAGGAUUUUGAAUAAGUUUUUGGACAGUUCCCAAGAGGAUGCAUUACCUUGGCAUGAGUGUAUUGAACCCUGUCUGUCGUCUAUGAGCGCCAACAGCAAUGAGCGGGAGGUUGUGCAGGAGUUCAUCCGUUUCCUGCAUCGCUUGGCCACCACUAACAAAGACUGUGCUGUGGUGAUGUGUCGUGUGGGCACAAAGGAGGCUCUGACCAAAGCUAUGGACAAGCACAACUCCAAUCUGUUGCUAGUGACAGAUCUGCGUGACCUCAUGACUGACUGUGAGAAAUAUGCCAGCCUUUAUAAGAAGAUGACAACCAGCAUUCUGGCUGGUUGCAUUCAGAUGGUUCUUGGUCAGAUAGAGGAACACAGACGUAGUCACCAGCCUAUCAACAUCCCCUUCUUUGAUGUGUUCCUGCGGAACCUUUGCCAGGGUUCCAAUGUGGAGGUGAAGGAAGACAAAUGUUGGGAGAGGGUGGAAGUCUCCUCCAACCCCCACCGAGCCAGCAAACUGACAGAUAGGAAUCCAAAGACAUACUGGGAGUCUAAUGGCAGCACUGGUUCCCACUACAUCAAUGUCUACAUGCAUCGUGGGGUGGUCGUCAGGCAGAUGACUUUACUAGUGGCCAGUGAGGACUCCAGCUACAUGCCAGCUCGGAUUGUGGUCAUGGGAGGAGAGAACACUUCCAGCAUCACUACCGAGCUCAGUACUGUGAACGUCCUACCGUCAGCCAGCAGGGUGGUUCUUCUGGAGAACAUGGCCCGCUUCUGGCCCAUUAUACAGAUCAAAAUCAAGCGUUGUCAGCAGGGUGGCAUUGACACGCGUGUGCGUGGCAUCGAGGUGCUGGGUCCCAAGCCCACGUUCUGGCCCAUCUUCAAGGAGCAGCUGUGCCGGCGCACGUACCUCUUCUACACUACCAAGGCCCACACUUGGUGCCAGGAAAUCUCAGAAGAUCGGAUGCAGUUGCUGCAGCUCUUCAACAGGUUGAACAGUGCCUUGCAACACGAGCAGGUGUUUGCCGAUCGCUUCCUUCCCGAUGACGAGGCUGCCCAGGCCCUGGGCAAGACCUGCUGGGAGGCCCUCAUCAGUCCUUUGGUGCAGAGCAUCACCACUCCAGACCCCAGCGGCAUCAGCCCGCUGUCGUGGCUCCUCAGCCAAUACUUGGGGAAUUUGGAGGCCGCCCGGAGUGCCAAGAGCCGGGCGGCCAUCUUCAACUCCCGUGUUCGGCGUCUGAGCCACCUCCUGGUGCACGUGGACUCCAGCAGCCCUGAGCCCGAGGAGCUGAAGCCCCCCGUCAAAUCCAAUGGAAAGAAUGGGAAGAACAAGGAGUCAAGCUCUGGGGCUGUCAAGGCAGCCGUGAAGAAACCCAGCAGCACCACAGGCAUCACCCAGUGCUGGAAAGGUGUGGUCCAGCAACAGGUGAAGCGGUUCCUGGAGACCUCGUGGCAAGCCCCGGACUUUGUGGAGCGUUACUGCAACACCUACCUGCGCCUCCGCACCGCCAUGGAGGAGCUGUUUGGGCAGCAGAUGUCCUUCAUGCUGGCCCUGUGCCACGGCUUCUCUGGAGGGCUGCUGCAGCUCUCCUUCCUGACGGCCAUGCACGUGAGUGAGCAGUUUGCCCGUUACAUUGACCUGUGGAUCCAAGAGAGCUGGGCGGACUCGGGCAACGUGGAGACCUUGCGGCGCCUGCAGCAGAGUCUGGAGCCCGUGCUCUUCCUCGCAGGCCUGGAGUUGGCCAACACCUUUGAGCACUUCUACCGGUACUACUUGGGAGACCGGCUCCUGUCCCAGGGCAAGACGUGGCUGGAGUGCGCCGUGGUGGAGCACAUUGGGCUCUGCUUCCCCAACCGCUUCCCGCAGCAGAUGCUGAAGAACCUGAGCGAGCUGGAGGAGCAGCAGCAGCAGUUUCACCUCUUCCAGCUGCAGCAGCUUGACAAGCAUCUGCUUGAACUCGAUCAGGAUGGGAAAUGCGAGGAGGAGGAGGAGGAGGGAGGAGCGAUGGCGGAGGAGCAGCCGUUCUCUCAGGAGGAAGAGGCAGAGGUGAAGGUGCUGGCCUUGUCUCCGCGCUGCUGGACCAUCUCCCCACUCUGCUACCUGGAGGAGCCGGCCACUUUUUUCCCAGCAUCCCUCAGUCAGCACCUGAGCAAGUUUGCUGACUUUUACACCCAGAGUCAGAGCCGCUUUGGGCUGGAGCACACCAAGCCGCGACGUUUGCAGUGGACGUGGCUGGGCCACGCAGAGCUUGAGUACCAGGGCUGCCUCCUGCACGUUUCCACCCUGCAGAUGUACAUCCUCCUCUGCUUCAACAGUGCUGAGGAGAUUUCUGUGGAUGCGCUGUUACAAGCCACAGGUCUUUCGCCUGUCCUCCUGGGUCAUGCACUGAAACCUCUGACAAAGGAGAAUGGGAUCCUGACUCAGAGUCAGAGUGUCUUGAGGCUGAAUGAAGGGAGACUGGCCCAGGUGUUUGGCCAGCGCCUCUGGCUGCUGCCCCAGCAGACAUACUUGAAUGUGGAAGAGAAUGAGGGCAGUGCUCUGGAGAGGAAGAGGAACAUCAUCUGCUGCCUCCUUAUCCAGAUCCUGAAAGAAGAGAAAGAGAUACACAUUGACAACCUCGUUUUCAGGGUGAUUGAUGCCUGCCAGAAAUGGGAAUCUGGCUCAACUUUGAAGUUCUUGAGCUUUUGCUGCAGCAGCACUGAUGUCUUGUCCUGCAUCCUGCAUCUGCUGAGCCAGGGCUACAUCCAGCGCCAGGAAGAUAGCCCACAGCUCCUCCAGUACAUCUCUGUGGAGCCCACCACACCUCACCGGGGCCAAGCUCAGCUCAUCUUUCAGAGCACUGAUUGCCAAAGGACAAAGCCCCCUUCUGGGACAGAUAAAAGCAACAAAUUCUAUCCUUUCAGGUUGGAUGCCUUUGGCCUUGGUACUGAACAGGUGCUUAUGGAGACAGUGCUGUUGCCCAUGGGACGCACAAUGGACCAAGAAGAAGUUGGGGUGCUCAUGAACCAGACAGUGCAGAGAGUCUCAGAUACCCUAAGUGUGACUGCAGAUAUUGCCCAGCACCUGCUGAUACACUGUAAAUGGAAUGUGGAUGUUCUGAUUCAGCGCUACACAGAGGAUCCAGAGCUGCUACUGUUUUCUUCAGGGCUGCAAGUGCGAAACCUCCAGGAACCCUCAAGUCCCGUCACCCACUGUCCAGUGUGUGUGAAUCAGCUGAGUCAAGCAGACAAUCCACCUGUUCUCUGCUGCAUGCACUACUGCUGUAAGUCCUGCUGGAAUGAAUACUUGACAACUCGGAUUGAACAAAACCUGAUUCUGAACUGCACAUGUCCCAUCUCUGACUGCCCUGCUCAGCCUACUACUGCCUUUAUCCACUCUAUCAUUUCCUCCAAGGAGGUCAUUGCUAAGUAUGAGAAAGCGCUCUUGAGGGGUUAUGUUGAAUGCUGUUCAAACCUGACCUGGUGCACCAACCCACAGGGUUGUGAUCAGAUUCUCUGCAAGGAAGGCCUUGGCUGUGGAGAAGCCUGUUCAAAGUGCUCUUGGAUAUCCUGCUUCAACUGCAAUUUCCCAGAGGCUCACUAUCCUGCCAGCUGCAGCCACAUGUCCCAGUGGAUGGAUGAUGGUGGCUUCUAUGAAGGAAUGACUGUGGAAGCCCAAAGCAAGCACCUGGCCAAACUCAUCUCUAAGCGAUGCCCAAGCUGCCAAGCUCAAAUAGAGAAAAACGAGGGCUGUCUGCAUAUGACUUGUGCCAAAUGUAAUCAUGGAUUUUGCUGGCGUUGCCUGAAGCCUUGGAAGCCAACUCACAAGGAUUAUUACAACUGUUCGGCUAUGGUGAGCAAAGCAGCUCGUCAGGAGAAACGUUUCCAAGACUAUAACGAAAGGUGCACUUUCCAUCAUCAAGCAAGGGAAUUUGCCAUGAACUUGCGAAAUAGGGUUUCCACUGUCAGUGACGUGCCCCAGAUUCGAACCUUGACGUUUGUUGUUGAUGCCUGUAAAAUGCUGGAACAGGCACGAAAAGUGCUGGCGUACUCCUGUGUGUACAGCUACUAUAACCAGGACACUGAAAAGAUGGACAUUAUGGAGCAACAAUCGGAGAAUCUGGAGCUGCACACCAAUGCUCUGCAAAUCCUUUUAGAAGAGACAUUGCUGCAGUGCCAAGAUCUUGCCUCUUCCAUUCGGCUGGUCAAAGCAGAGCAUUUCAAUACGGGUCUAGAGCUGGUGCGCAGGAUCCAAGAACGACUCCUAGCAAUUCUGCAGCAUGCCACUCAGGACUUCCGUGUGGGGUUCCAAACCCGACACAGCUCUGAACAGAGGGAGAUGAAGUUAUCCAAUGUGCCUAAUGCUACUCCUGCUUAUAAAGAGCUGGUUUUUGACGAGGCAUCUGAUUCACCUGACACAGAUGAUGGUGGCAAAGAGGAAGAUGAUGAAGAUGAAGAGUAUGUCCCUGAGUGGCAGGAGGAGUACGACGAUGAAGAACUUGAUGAUGACAAUAUUUCUUACGAUGAUGAAUCAGAUAAUCUGGAGAGGGAUUCUUUCUUUUUUGAAGAUGAAGAUGAAGCUUAUGAAUAGAGUUUACCUUUUGGCACUCCAGAUUCACCACAGAGAAUCCUGGAGUAAAACGUUGCCUGCCACUUAGCCAGCUUUAUCCCUGCUGCGCUCUGUGCUCUGCCAUGGUCAAAACAGCAGGAAGAACUAGAUUUCAGUCAGGUGGGAGUUGUAUGGUAGUUUACAACAAAGGGUGCUUUCUUCUUUGAGAUGGCUGCCUUGUGAUUCUUGGUAAAAUUUACAGGGCUGCUAUGUCCAGUUACAUAUGAACUUCAUCUUGGCACAAGGGGGUGGUGGCCUCUGUUACCUAUGAGCUUUCUUCAUAUACUUCCUUGGGGAAUAAAACCAAGUACCAAUCUAGAAACAGGUCCAACCAUUGUCCUGCCCCACUACAGCCUUCAGCCUUGAGAGCGUAAGGGAACGCCACAUGUCAUCAGUGUGUGUGAAAGGUUGCACACCACUCUUGUCUGUAUUUCCUGUACCUUAUUUCUACAUGUGCUACUAUUAUGCAGGAAUCCAGUCUUGGCAAAUCUUACUUGAUUUCAUAUUCUGGCCUGACAGUAACUAAAGUCCGAGGAAUAGCAGUGGCAGCCCCUUGAGUGGCAGCUUUACCCCAAAUGACUCUUGGUUCUCAGUAGUGAUGCUCCAUGUUGUAAAUACAUGGAAGUACUAAUGCAUGUGUGUGUGCGCACACACUUACACACGCACACUAUUUCUUUGAUCCUGUGUCUGUCAGGGCAAUUUUCAUUUCUGAUCUAGCACAAGUCUAGAAACUAGGGGUGGCGCUUUUCACUCCUUUGCAGCAUAAAGCUGUCUACUGGAUUGAGCGCGCAGGGAGGAAUGUUCUGUCUAACUAGAGAGAAUGCAGUUUAGGUAAUGUAGGUCACUAUGUGUGUUUGGAGAUGAGAGCUAGUGAAAUUGUUAAUCAGAAUGUCCCCAAUAGAGCAGAAGUGCCCUGCUCUGAGUCUGACAGGCACUCUGAAUGGACAUGGGUUUCUGUGCACCUCUUUUGUUGAGAGGUGAGUUUUCUUUUUUUCUUUUGUUUUGUUCCUUUGCCAUUGGAAUCGUUGUCUUCUCUUCCUGCAGAUGGGAAUUCUGCAAGAUGUAGAGGUUCAGAGGGUUCGUAUAUAUAAUAUAAAUAUAUAUAUAUGUGAAGAAGCUGAAAUUGUUCAGAUUAUUAUGCUUUAUCUUUUCUGGAAAAUGAAAAAGAAUCCUGAAGGAACAAGAUGAUACAACUUCUGUUUAUGAAAUAAACAGUUUUUUCUUCUA